AUGAAUGAUUAGAAACCGUAUUUAAUCUUGGAGCAUCCACAUGCACAAAACCCUGUCUUAAGUUUUAAACACAAAACCUUGUCUAACAACGACAAAAUUUGGAUUUCUCAUAUUAAGAUUAAGAAUCCUGUUGAGAAUAAUCAGAGUUUGGCAUUCAAGGUCAUGUCCACAGCUGCAGAACAAAUUAAAUCGUAUCCCUUCGUUGGAAUACUAAAGAUAGGUGAGAGCAAAACAAUCAAAUUGAUAACCAAGGAGCCCAUUUUUGAUAAGGCUGUUAAAGUCAGGAUAGUCUCAAUGAAUAUUGAUAAGCCUUAGGAAAUAAAGGACUAAUAUGAAAUAAUGGAUCAAUUUAAAUUGCUCAAGGAUUAGAUCAAAGACCUUCCCUCAAUCAUUCUCCAAGUAUCAGACUUUAUUCAAUCUGAAACAGUCUCUUAUAUUACUUUACCAAGCGACAGAAGAAUCCCCAUGUUUACUUCGCAUAUUUCAUAAAUGUAAAAUGGAGAAGGCACUCCUGCUUCGGCAGUUUUGAAAUCUAUGAUUAGUUAACGAAAACAAAAGGAUUCUAUGCAGAUAUCUUAAAACUUUUAAAUGGAAUAAACUAUAGUGAAUCUGUAGGAUCAGCAAUAAGCUCUUAUAAAUGAGACAAGAGAAUUGAACAAAUAGAUAGUUCUUUUUAAAGCAAAAUAGAACAUUCCAUUUGAAGAGGAGAAGGAUGAUCAAGUCAAAUUUACUAUGUUUCAAUUAAUUGUAAUAGCCUUCAUUAGUCUAUUGAUAGGGUUUUAUAUGCCUGAAUUUUGA